CACUUAUAAACAUUUCUGAGUAAAAUAGCAAAUAAAUAGAUACAAGUUUAAAUGGACAACAUAUGAAUAAUAAAAAUCCAUAUAUGGAAAAUGUAUUCAUAAAAAUAUAUACAUACAUUUUGAUGUAUUUCAGUGUUUCCCACAGGAUUUUGAGCGACUGUGGAGGUGAUGACAUCACACACCAAUUAGCAUAUAUGUGACGUCAUAGCGUCGUAUUUUACUCUUUGAUCUGUCAAAUUAUAUUGCAUUUUAACCCAACUGAAUGCUAUUUUUUUACAUAUUAAUUGUCUGUUGUCUAUAUAAUAGUGACUAAACACGACCCAGUAACAACCCAAGACUCAUUAAAUCCAACCAGCUCUUUCUUUAACUGCUGCUAAAAAUGCGACAUCGUCUGACAAAAUCACCAUACAUUUAUGAGCACUUUUUUAUUUUAAAUACGAGUGAUAGUUUUAUUGUAUAUCGAGGGCCGCCACAGAUAAAUCAAUGUAUGGGAAACACUGUUGUUUUGGUGAGUAUUGCAUGUUUUAGUCUUUACAACAGUGCUUCUUUCAGUUUUAAUAAGAAAAAGGAAGGAACUAAGAUUACCAGAUCAUCUAUCACAAAACUUUACAAACCACUGCUGCGACUUGCAGUCACAUAACGAAGCACGCGUAAUGAAUCAGAAAAGUUCUUGCUUCAUGUCUUGUAUUGUAUACGUGAGUCUCUUCGAAGUGAAAUGAUGAACUUCAGACUCGCAUCUCUGAUCCUGCUGUUACACAUUCAAGGGUCUCUAACAUUGAACAGCUUUACUGUGACCUGUGAUAAACAAAAUAUUUGUGCUGUGACAGGGACACAGGUGACACUGAGGUGCUCUUACUCAAACAUCAACAUCAAAACUGUGUUCUGGUUCAGUCAGAAACAGAAAACAAACUGGAGAAACAAAGAUCAACCUGAAAAUUUGACUUUAGAUUCAGAUUACUCAGGACGAGUGAAACAGCGAAUCACAAACACUGAAUCAGAACUCACAAUAUCAGAUGUGAGAGAGAGAGACAGUGGAGAAUAUCAGCUCAUGAUCAUUAUGAAGGAUGGAGUUAAACAUCUCAGCUCAGUCACAGUCAAUCUAACAGUAACAGUUCAACAGGUGAAGAUGAAUCCUGAAUCUACAGAUGAAGUAAAACUGAUCUGUGAUUCUUCCUGCAAUCUCAUAUCUGAAAAUAAUUACUACUGGUACAGGAAUGGACGAUAUUUAACAUACAGCACAAACAUAUUUGUGCCAUCCAGAGGAAACACUGACAGCUAUUCCUGCUCCACGUAUGACAAAUACACUCAAUCCUCUUCUGUGUGUGUUUCUAACAGUGGCUGUUGGGGUGUGACUUACACCUCUACAAGAGUUUGUGCUUUAGUGGGAUCAACAGUAGAUAUUCACUCUUCAUACUCACAUCCGACUGGAUAUACAGUAGAGAAAACAUACUGGCAUUUACCAAACAAUAAAAAUUCAAAAUAUCAAGAUCUGCGUGAGGAUCAUCAGUUUGCUGGUCGUGUGGAGUUUGUGGGAAACACACUGAGAAUCAAAGACGUCAACACGAGUGACUCUGGUGAAUAUCGAUUCAGGAUCAUCAGUAACACAUCUGAUGGAUUUUCUGGUUAUCCUGGAGUCACUCUUACUGUUACAGAUACACAGGUGAUAAGCAGCCCAAACCCUGUGAUAGAUGGAGAAAAAGUGAUAUUAAGCUGUUCAACCAAAUGCACUCUGGAUAACAAACAUACUUACAUCUGGUAUAAGAAUGGACAACAGGUAACAGAUGGAUUGAGAUUAUUAAACAAGCUGUACCUGGACUCAAUCAACAAUAAGGAGCUACAAGAAUAUUCAUGUACUGUAAGAGAAACAAUGGACAAAACCAAUAAAACAAAUGACAGCUCAGUGUUUGGUCAUCUCACAGUCUGUCUGCUGGUGUUUCUGCCUCAGUUUCUCAUUUUAGGAGCUCUGUGGAUGUGGUUUUUCAUCAGCAUGAAGAAAUUAAAAUCUAAAAACAGAACUGAUGACAAACAUGAAGAGACUCAAGUGGUGCACAUCUGGUUUGUGGGUAGAUCAGGUGUCAGUCCAUCGGAACUGCUGAAGGGAUAUCACAACUCUCUUUAUGACAUCAUCACCUAAUCUCUCGGCAGCGACAUCAUCGAUGCAGUGAUGUCACAUAUAGUAACAUAAUAAUGACAAACUGUAA